AUCAUUUGUAACCUCUCUUAACCAGCCUCUAAUGGCUGCUUCUCUUUCCUUUCUCCUAAACUUAACAUUAAUAUUAUUACUAUAUCAAAUGCAAAGAGCUGGAUGGCCUUUUGGAGCCUUUCUUCUCUUCCUCUCCUUGGCCUCCUGUCUCUCUUGCUUUCCCAUCAAACCUCCUUGACCACAACCACCAACACCGAUGUUCAUGUUCACCUUAACAUUCAACCUGAGGUGUCAGAUGGACGGGUUGGGUCAAACUCUUCUGUAUUCUGUGAGGCCCCUGCAUUUCGCAAUGGGGAGACUUGUGGUAAUUUGGCCACGGACCGGAUUCAUGUGGCCAUGACACUUGAUGCUAAUUAUUUAAGAGGUACUAUGGCUGCUGUGUUAUCGAUACUCCAACACUCAACGUGUCCUGAAGAUGUCACAUUUCAUUUCCUAUGGGUAAGACAUGAACCCGAGGUAUUUUCGAGCAUUAAGGCAACAUUUCCCUACCUAAACUUUAAGGUGUACCGGUUUGAUGUCCAUAGGGUCCGUGGCCUAAUUUCAAAGUCUAUACGUCAAGCUUUAGACCAACCAUUGAAUUACGCGAGGAUUUAUUUGGCUAAUUUGAUUCCUAAUGAGGUGAAACGCGUAAUUUAUCUUGAUUCUGACCUUGUCAUGGUUGAUGACAUCGCGAAAUUAUGGAAGGUUGAUUUAGGUGACAAGGUUUUGGCUGCACCAGAAUAUUGUCAAGCAAAUUUCAUGGUUUACUUCACUGAAGCAUUCUGGUCUGAUCCGUAUAUGCCAAGAACAUUUGAGGGGCGAAAACCAUGUUACUUUAACACAGGGGUGUUGGUAAUGGAUGUGGAUAAAUGGAGACAUGGAAAUUAUACAAAGAAAGUUGAGGAUUGGAUGGUUCUCCAAAAGCAAAAAAGGAUAUAUCAAUUAGGCUCUUUGCCUCCAUUCUUGCUUGUUUUGGCAGGAAAUAUAAUGCCAAUUGAUCAUAGAUGGAAUCAACAUGGAUUAGGUGGUGAUAAUGUUGAAGGUAAAUGCAGGGAAUUGCAUCCUGGACCAAUUAGCCUUCUCCAUUGGAGUGGCAAAGGCAAGCCAUGGUUGAGAUUGGAUUCAAGAAAACCGUGUAGUGUUGAUCACCUAUGGACUCCCUACGAUCUUUAUCGUUCCUCUAGACAUUCAUUUGAGGAGUAAAUGUGUCACAAAGGUCGGAUUCAGGAUAUAGAUAUUUACUAAAUUUCUUUAAUAUAAAAAAAAAUAAGAUUUGAGCAAAAGCUACUGAGUUCACGUGAACCCACAUAUAACCCUAUAGAUCCGCUCUGAUGAGCCAAUCCAUGGCAUAAAUGCUGAAACAUAUAUUUAAGGUUUGAGGGAAGCAUGUUUUGCAUUAGGAAGAGAAGCAAGCAUCAAAUAAGGAAAAAAAAUGAAAAAAAUAAAAUUUGUCAAA